AGCCCUGCCUAUUAUUACCGCUGACGUCCCUCUCCCUCCCUCUUUCUCUUGUCACUGUGUUUUCGGAAGGUGCAGGGGGGGCAUCCCGUUUUCUGUCGUCUUCACUGAAAACAAAUGUUAUGUUUCCGGCACACUGGAGACAUAUCUUCGUGUUCCGCCGCUGCUCAUCAGACGCCGGCGACUUUUUAUUCUCCGCAAAAGCUCUGGCGACCGAACCGAGUGAGAGGAGCUAAGGGCGGACUGGACUGAGAGGAAGAACCGGAGACAGACGGGGAGGCUGCACAUCCGCCGCUUUCUUUAAUUCAACGCAAUUUGCCAUUGAUUUAUACCCCAAGGCCCCGGACAUCUCUCGGUGUCUCGAAAUCUGUCUCAAAGGGUUCCUGGUUCUGUUUCCGUGCGAGACACCGUUUUUGACAUUUGUCACCCAGACAAUUAUCAUAUUAGCCAGCUAACAGAGAACCAGAAACUCACCCUUUCUUCUCAACUCUACCCGCGGUGGUCGCACAGAGACCACGGCUGUGUUUUCUCAGUUUAACCCUUAUCAGUUGCCUCAAUGGUUGCGUUGUCUUUCCUUUCUCAGCAGAAGACGAUGCAGCUGAAAGUAAAGCGGUGACCACCGGGAUUGUUUUAUUAACGACCCAGCCAGUGUCCACCAUAAUGGUACGAUAGCAUCUGGGAAGGAUUGGGGGAAAGUGAAAAGCUAAGUGGGGGGGGGGGUUCAGUCUGGGCUGUUUUUUUUUCUUCUUCAGAUGAGGCUGUGUUGGUACCAACAACACCAGACAGACAUGAGGUGGAUGUAGCGAACCAGUUUGUUUUUUACGCAUCAAUUUAAGCUGGAUCACUGUCUUGCUGAUCCGUGCUGCCUUCAAGGACUGUGACAAUGAGGAUUGUAUGAGAAGUGAGGUUGUUUUUUUCCCCCCCGAUACACAGAGCCUGGUGUGACUGACAAGCAGGCUAAUCUGGGGGUGUUUUAUUUUAACCCAGUGUGAACACAAACCCACUUCUUUAUUUUCUCUUGGACGGACGGCGAAGCGCACUCAGGGACGAAAAUGUCUUUACGCACGGCACUGCCUGGGAACGAGAGGAACCCGGACCAUCAUACCUCCCUGUCGGCCAGCCGCUCAGAGAAGAGUACCGGCUGGUCGAGCCGCUCGCUUGGUGCCCGAUGUCGUAACUCCAUCGCCUUGUGUUCAGAUGAGCUGCCACACAUUGGAAACUACCGGUUGCUCAAAACCAUCGGCAAGGGCAACUUUGCCAAGGUCAAACUGGCACGACACAUACUGACCGGCAGAGAGGUUGCAAUAAAGAUCAUUGAUAAAACACAACUCAACCCAACCAGCCUACAGAAGCUGUUUCGAGAGGUACGCAUCAUGAAAACUCUCAACCAUCCCAACAUAGUGCAGUUGUUUGAGGUGAUUGAGACUGACAAGACUCUUUACCUGAUUAUGGAGUACGCCAGCGGAGGCGAAGUGUUUGACUACCUCGUGGCCCAUGGCAGAAUGAAGGAGAAAGAGGCCAGAUCCAAGUUCAGACAGAUUGUCUCAGCGGUGCACUACUGUCAUCAGAAGAACAUUGUUCACAGAGACUUGAAGGCGGAGAACUUGCUACUAGAUGCUGACUCCAACAUCAAAAUAGCCGACUUUGGCUUCAGUAACGAGUUCUCUGCGGGCAGUAAACUGGACACGUUCUGCGGCUCCCCACCCUAUGCUGCCCCAGAGCUCUUCCAGGGUAAGAAGUACGACGGUCCUGAGGUGGACAUCUGGAGCCUGGGUGUCAUCUUGUACACGCUGGUCAGCGGGUCCUUGCCCUUUGACGGACAGAACCUAAAGGAGCUGCGGGAGCGUGUUUUGAGGGGGAAAUAUCGUGUGCCCUUCUACAUGUCUACAGACUGCGAGGGAAUCCUGCGCCGCUUCCUGGUCCUCAAUCCUGCCAAGCGCUGCUCGCUGGAGCAAAUAAUGAAAGAUAAAUGGAUUAAUGUCGGCUAUGACAGCGAGGAGCUGAAACCCCACACAGAGCCUGUGGAGGACUUGAACGAUACCAGCCGCAUUGAUGUGAUGGUUGGGAUGGGCUUCACCAGAGAAGAGGUCAGAGAGUCGCUGAUCAAUCAGAAGUACAAUGAGGUCACUGCCACAUACCUGCUGCUGGGACGCAAGAAUGAGACGGAGGGCGGUGAGUCUCGUUCGGGCAGCAGUCUGAGUCUAGCUCGAGUCCGACCCGGCACCAUCACCAACGGAACCAGCAAACACGCCACUUCCUCUUCCUCCUCUGGUGCACCUUCUUCCUCCUCUGGUCACAAGGCACAGCGUAGUGCCUCCACUUACCACCGCCAGAGACGACACUCUGACUUCUGUGGUCCAGCGGUUCCAGGGUCAACGCACCCCAAGCGGAGUCCCAGUGGUGUAGGUGAAGGGGCGGGGCUUAAGGAAGAGCGGCUGUCAGUCCGCAAGCCAAUCACCAAUACUGUUGGCUCCCGUAGUAUCCCAACCCCCUCCAGUCCCAUGGUUAGCUCCGCUCACAACCCAAAUAAGGCAGAGAUACCCGACCGCCGCAAGGAAGUUACCUCAACCACAAAUAACAUCCCUGCUAGUGCCAUGACUCGAAGGAACACGUAUGUGUGUACAGACCGAUCCAACACUGAUAGACACACACUGUUGCAAAAUGGCAAGGAAAACAGUUCCUUAUCCCACCGCCUUCCCCCCGCCUCCCCCUCAACCCACAGCAUCGCUGGUGCCUCUGGGGUCUCCUCCUCGUCCUCCACGCCCUCCUCCCGUCUCUCCAGGGGAUCCACGGUGAGGAGCACUUUCCAUGGAGGGCAGAUUAGAGACCGUCGGCCUCCCUCCCAUGCUCCCCCAGCUUCCCCAACGCCAUCCCAUGAUGCCAGCCCACUGCCCCACGCCAGAACUCGGGCCACGACCAACCUGCUAAGCAAACUGACCUCCAAAUUGACCCGCAGGGUCACUCUUGACCCUUCUAAACGUCAGAGCUCAAACAAGUCCAUGUCGGGCUGCACCCUCCCACAGGGGACAAAAACAGUUAGGUCACAGACGAACCUGAGAGAAUCAGCAGAUCUCCGGUCACAAGCCUCAGCUGCUUCAGUCCAGUCUCAGUUUAAAAACAGCAGGUAAACCAGCAGCACCGAGCUUACAUUAGCCAACAGACUGUGGUGUGGCCGUAGAUGCUUAGCACGGCUCCUUGUGGUAGAUGAUCCCUGCGGGUAGAACCUUUUUAAAGAAAAGAAAGAAAUUAUAAUAAUUUUCAUUCUUUCUAACAACAGCUUAGUCCCUGAAACUCUUUACCCUCCCUCACCAGCAGGCUGAUGUUUAGAGAUCGUUGUGUGUUAGUUGCUGUUAUGUGUGAUUCUAGAAAAAUGAUGACCAGAGUGAAACAAAAACAAUACAUUAAAUACAGUAAUCAGUAUUUUAUGAAUGUAUCUGUAUAGCAUGUCAUAUGUUAUCAAUCCCAAUUUGACCUUCACAAGAACAUUUAAUUUGAGGUGGGUUUGAUUUGCAUAUCCCUUUGGUGUUGUACAUCCACUGUAUAGUAUAAAAAGAGAUGUUGUUAGACUAGAAAAUAUACAUUUGCCUAUCUGUGACCUAGGUAGCUAUGUAGAAAUAUCAAAAUCCAAUAAUGUAUGAUACUAAUCUUUUUUCUUCUCCUCCCCCUUUCCCUAACCUCUCAUACAUUUACAUUCAUACAACCAUACAUUCACUUGCCUAAACUCAAAUACCCAUAUAUUCAUUCCCAUUUAUCCUCAAUUCUGUUCAUCCAUGCUCCUAUAUUUAUAUCGGACCUCCUGUCCUCACACCACUCCUCUUCCCCCCCAUAUAUUUUUGCUAUCCAAACCUUUAACCCCGCCAACACCCCUCCUGUAAACAUCCCAUAUCAACCUUGCCCUGUCCUUUUUGUUUUAAAUCUCCCGACAUUUCCUCCUCCAUCCUCUGUUUGCAUCGCCCCUUCCCUUCCAGUCGCCAUCUAUCUGGGCAUCAGAAAGCGGCCGAGCCCCGGACCCCCCGAUGCGGCUGGGAUGUGAGGGUGCGGAGCCCCCGUGACCCGGCCGAGGUGGUGCUAGCGCUGCGUGAGGCGGCGCAGGGCUGCGGCUGCCAGGUCCACCUGGCCGGGCCUUUCCUCCUGUCCUGCACCCACGGAGCAGCCGGCGCCCGCGUGGCCUUCGAGGCCGAGGUCUGCCAGCUGCCCAGCGGGCUGGGCCAGAGCAGCGGUGUGAGGUUCAAGCGCCUGUGGGGGGCACCGUUAGCCUUUAGAGACAUCGCCACCAAAGUGUCCAAGGAGCUGGAGCUCUGAGGGCGUCAGGAGGCGGGGCAGAUUGAUGACGGACAGGACAAGUUGAUGAAUGAGGAGGGAUGAAGAGGAGGAGGAACAAUGAGGCAGAAACCAUCGCCGCCUCCUCCUCUUCCUUCCUGGGCUCCACCUCAUCUGAUGCGGCUAGCGAUGCCUCGCCUCCGCCAAAGACCCUCUUCUUCUGAUGCCACCAAUCACAGCCAGACAAACAGAUGCACAGACACGGAUAGACCGCCAUCGGCAGACUUAUGAUGACCCUUGACCUUGGAGCUGUCAGUGACCUACAACCCCUGCUUAAAACACACCACCACCUCCAUAUUAUGCGAGCCCAUGGAGUUACAGGUUUUUUUUUUCUUCAUGAUUUAAUGUUUGAUGAUGAUAAGGAUGGUGUUGCUGAGAAUGAUGGAGAUUGAUAAUGUUUUUGUUGACAUUGUUAUUCCUAUUGUAUCAUAUUUGUCAUUCCUUUUUAAAGAGCUGCUAUUUAAAGAAAUGUUUUAAUUUUUGUGUAUUAAGUUUAUUUUCUUUCUUCAAUGCUUUUAAAAUGGGCAGAAGUUUGACAUCUGUUGUCAUUCUCGGGAAGCAGACGUCACAUAUUUAAGAAGCGAGGGCGCAGUGUGACCUCCGGCCUCUAGGGGGAGACAUGCAGAAAUGCAGAGACUGGUGACAGACUGAAGCAUCACAGCCUCUCUGCCCAUCCAUUGAUAACACCCAUUUUACUGCUCAGUUGGGAUUUUGAUGUUUGUUUGUACCAUUUCUGGUAAAACUUUGCUUCUCUGCCUGCUAUCCACACUGAAUUCUCUACUGUGUGUCGAUAGCUGGCAGGUGAGCUGCUUACAGACGAGCAAAGCUGCCUAAGAAUACAGGACCCAGCUGAUGUGUUGUACUUGAUAACCUGAUCAUUAGAGCUUAAGCUCUGCUUCUUACAAAUACUCAACUUUGCCCAAUGUUUUGUCCCUAUCUUUAUUAACAAACAAAAAAUGUUAAAUUACAUAAUAUUUUGUUGGUUUAAAAGUAGAAUUUAUUUCAACCAACUGAAAAAACUGGAUCUCCAACUGGAAUCAUGAUUUGAUUGAGUUUUUAUUACACAACAGGAUGCCUCAGCUGACCCUGUAAUUACUUUACAGGAGUUUCUGAGCUAGAGUUGGAUGUACGCAGGCAAAACAGAGCCACUUUAUAUUAUUUUACCUGAAACACCUCCACUCAGCAGGUUUAGUUUAUUUAAAAUAGAAAAGCAGGUUUUGUCAGCCAAUCAGAAUGCAUUACUCUGAGACCAAUAUGUGCUAACUAUUUAAGCAAAUAAAGUAAAUUUAACAUUUAACUAAACUAGUUAUUUUGCCCAUAACAAAAUUAUCGACCAUCAAGUCGACCAUUGCAUUUGAUUACUGCUCUGCUGGCAUGGCUUGUUUUGACUGGUUUUGACCCUUACUUGUUGGUUGCUUAGGUUCAUUGUCAAACUGUGAAAGGUUAAGCAGCCACAGAUUUCUCUUUGAACCCCAGUAAAGGCAGUGUAUUUCUUUAAAAGAUUACCUUCAAGCUUUUUCAUUACAAUGUGAUCUCUUCGUCCAAACACACGAUUAAAGUAGGUCAUACUGGUGUAGAGUAAAUGGAGGAGUAGUGUACUGACAUACAGUAGUUUUCCUGGUAGCACUUUGGCAUAACAAUAUCACAGUCUGUCAGAAUGCUGCUUUCCUCAAAUGUAGUGCAAUACAGCCACAAAGCCAAGAAUCAAGACUUGAAUAAGCAUUGAAUAAGACUUAAUAGGGCUCCUUGUUUCAUUUAUUUUAAAUUUUUUGAUAUCGCUGAUUUGUUGUUAAAAUUCAUUGAGCACUUUUUUGCUUUUUAACCAGGAUUGCAUUGUACUGUAAUGGCAGAGUUUUUAAUUAAUCUGUAUUUUUCUUUUGUAGAUUGUUAAAAGUCACAUUGUCUCACACAUUUAAAGCCCACUGAAGUGAAUAAUCGACAUUCUGAAUGCCUUUCUUUCAUUUACUUACAUGUACCUACAUAUAAUGACCUCUUGGCAUCAAUCAUUAAGGAAACAGAGGUACAAAUGGUACUACCAAAAGUACCAAAUUUCAAAAAAUUGCAAAAUGGUGAUCUGUCUCCAUAUAGUUUUGUCAGAUUUAACAGUUUUCUUUUGUCUAAUAUUCCAUUUAUUUUGUGUUCUUAACCCUCAACAACACUUUUGAUAUAUAGAAACUGUAGACUUUUCCCUCUGUCAACCAAUCAGGCUGCAGCACUGCUGAGAUGUAUGUGACUGUUGACCAAUCAGAUUUAAUUAUUACUGUAAGAGGUGUAUGACUGUUAACCAAUCAGACUUCUGUCUCAUCAAGCCACUGUAUAAUUUCAAAGCAUUGCAACGUGUGCAGUGUGCAUCGGUUUAAGAUGAGAAUGUGACCUUGAAUGACCUUUUGAGAAAUUGGAUUCUCAGAUUUUCUUUUAUAAAAACACUUUGUUGCUCAUUACAGAACAAAUCUACCAAUAUUCAACAAAUGCACACACAUGCGCACACACACACACACACACACACACACACACUCAGAGUCCAUCAAGUGCUACAUUGAUCAUAUAUUGACACUGACGACUCCAAAAUCAAAAGGUUGUUGUACUUGUAUUGUAACUCUAUAAAGCCAAGCAAUUAUAACUUGUACUUCUGAAGUAAGCAGCAUAUAACUAAACACUGAUAUGUAAAAGGAAAAGUUAGAAGAUCCAGCCGAUUCGUGAUCUUUACGGCUGUAAGGAAUUUAUCUAUUUAUUGGGAGAUUUCAGCCGCAGCAGGUAUCAACCGCUGUCUGGAAAUGUGAAGCUGUGAUUUAGGGCUAGUUUUAGCAAAUUUGUUUUGUGUACAACUGGGCCUCACUCUCUGAACCUGCUCUGUAGAUACAGUUAGGGCCAUGCUUUAAGGCUACAGUUCUGUUGUAUAGUGUGCUUGAAGCCGUCGCUGUUAUCAACAAAACUUAACUUAUGGGCUGAAAUUACAGAAAUGAUCGACCUGCAAUCCUGCAUGUCUCCUAGGAAAUAAUGUGUGACACAAAAAUAAAGACUUUCAACCUC